AUGUUUAGACCAAACAAUAUGAUAGCUCAAUCACAGUCUGGGACAGGAAAAACUGCAGCAUUUGUUUUGCCCAUGCUUAGCAGAGUAGAUGCAACAAAAAACUUCCCUCAGGUAUUAUUUUGUUUUAUUUCUUGUAUGUUCCUUCCUCCUGCACAACUUGUAAAAAAAACACAGGUUCGUUGAGAUACUUGCAAAAUGUGAAACGGUAAAAUAUGGUGUAAGCGUUAUGGCAUCAUUUUCGUGUCUCACUUUUUUUCGCUCAACAGACUAAGAAAAAAAGUGUCAAGUGUCAUUCAAAUUAGUGUCAUUUGAAUGGUGAUUGGUCACAUUGUAAGAUUUCGUUUAAAGACUCAAAAGUAGAAACCACUUAAAAAAUCCAUCUUCCUCAGUAGCAGUGAAAGGGUCCGCCCGGGAACAAAAAUGAUUGUUGGAUGAUGAAUUUGGUCACAUAAAACUGAAUUGUUGAAAUGAUUAUUGAUUUUGUUUUGCUUUUAUCAAGGCUAUUUGUAUUUCACCUACAUAUCAGCUUGCACUACAAACAGGACAAGUGGCAGAAAAGAUGGCCAAAUUCUGCCCCGAAGUCAAGAUUGGUUAUGCACUGAGGGGGGAGAGAGGUGAGAAACUUGAGCCAGGAAAAUAAUUAUGCACAAGCCAUAGGCCUGAAGGGGAAAUACCAUCCUAUCUUGCUCAAGGGAGUAAAUUUUGGAUUUCUUGUCUUACUUAGUGAGACAAAAAGUGAAAUGCUAAUAUUUUUAGCCUCCUAGGUCUUGUUUGGGGCUGUGGUCAAAAAAAGCUCGAGCCUUUCCUCAAUUGGUCUCCUUAAGGGGUUUAAUUCAAUCUUUGGUAUAAGUAUCAUUCUCUGUUUACUGUAGUUUACCAUAAGAGUUCACUUGUCCACUUGUCCCUAGAAGCAGGCGAGGGGCGCAGGGAGGUUGCGUUAAGCAGCUUGCUAAGAAAGUAAUCUAAGGUAGCUCGGGGCUAUAAGUGAAGUUUGCUAUCUGGCUAUUGAAUUCUAGUCUUAACUUGUCCGAUGGGCAAGUGAAGCUUUAUAGGGAGUUGUAAAAAAUUAUUACAGAGGAACUUUAAUCAAUCCUUUUCAAGAAAAAUUUUUUCCGUGGCAGUUGAAAUGACUUUGGGGCUAGCUACAGCUUACCUAAAUGGCAGGUUGUAAAAUUGACUUUCUUUGCCCCCUGAUUAAGGCCUAUAAAUACGGCUUAGCAUUGUUUUUAUUUUGUCGCUAAAGAAAAUGAUUAUUGUAUAUUCCAUAUACCGCCUUAAAUGUUCUUAAUCCCCUCUCCUUCUCCUUUCUACAGUGUUAAAAGGUCAGAAACUCAUAGGUCACAUAAUAUUUGCUACGUCUGGAACUUUAUUAUACUGGAUUCAGCGUCACCGAGUGCUGGACCCAAAAAAAAUCAAGAUGAUUGUGUUAGAUGAGGCUGAUGUCAUGAUGGCACAACAGGGACACCAGGAUCAGGUCAUUAGAAUAUACAGGUAGGGCUUCUUCCCUUUUGUCAUACUUACGGAUGAAACUGGCAAAAAAUUCAAUUAUAUAUAAUCAUAGUUACUAGGAGAUUUUCUGCUGGCCAGCAGAUGAUCACCUUGGGCAUGUGCAUUUGUCUCAUUUCUUCAGAGGUUUGCCCUCUGGUUUGCUUUGAAUAGCUUUACCUCUCUUUUCCCUUUUGUUUGCUUGCUUCCUUCCACCCACCCACCUCUUUGUUCCUUGGAGGGAACUCCAUUCGGUUAAUUUGUCUUUUUUGAUCUUUAAUAUUCUCCACUGAGAGACUAGUGUGACAGGUUCCAAGGGCAGAUAGCCCAUGGCAGGUUGUCAUUGUUGUCCCCGCUUUAGUUGCAAUGCGAAUAUUGAACUUAAGAAAUAAUGUAUUUCUUCUGUUCUAGGACCCUUCCUAAAGAUUGCCAAAUGCUUCUGUUCUCUUCAACCUACGACGACGAGGUGAUGAAAUUUGCCAAGACAGUAGUACCAGACCCUAUCAUCAUUCGGCUGCGUCGGGAAGAGGAGAGCCUGGACAAUAUCAAGCAGUACUAUGUGGUGUGUCGUGACAAAGAGGAUAAGUUCCAGGCCCUCUCCAACAUGUAUGGCGUUGUGUCUAUUGGACAGUGUAUUGUUUUCUGUCACGUAAGUGUUAAAAUAAAUCCCUUCCCUCCCCCUCCUUUUUCCUUUCACUUUUCCCCUGAUUCCCAUCCAAAUCCUUCCUCACCUCAGGAAACGACUGCAAAGCAGCAUAAAUUUUAGUUGCUCUUCGGAAAAUUUUUCCUAACGCCAGGAUGUUUCCACAUUUAUGUAUGCCUGUGUCGUUUCAGACUCGGAAGUCCGCCCUUUUGUUGGCAAGGAAGAUGACAGCGGAUGGUCAUUCAGUAGCGCUGUUGUCAGGCGAAAUGAGAGUGGAACAGCGGCUAGCAGUAUUAAACAGAUUCCGCGAGGGCAGGAAGAGACUGCUGAUAGCAACUAAUGUGAGCGUCAGAGGCAUUGAUGUGGAACAGGUAAGUACGCAUUGGCUGCCAUAAGAAUCGCUUAAGACCACUGAACACUCGCCCCCUAAGCCAAGUCUCCCUAAAGGUCGUGGGGUGGAAAGAAGGGCAGGAGCAUUGGCUUUUCCUCCCUCCGUUCACUUCCCCUCAGGCUUGUGCUUUUUCUCCUUCUCUUUGCCCUGUUCCAAACAGAGAACCCGGAUCUCCCCCUUUCCUGUCUUCUCCCGUCAGCUUGCGCUUUUUCUUUUUUUCUUUGCCCUGUUUCUAAGCCCUGGUAGGUAUAUAAUAUGCUCCUUAACAUACCGAUUGGACCAGUUUUUCAAAUUUUAAUGCUAUGCCUGCAAAAACCCUCAAAAGCUUAUUAUUUUCAGUGUUCCCUGAUGAAAUUUGUUUGAUAUUCUCUUCGUAACUCCACAGAACCAUUUUUCGUAUGGAUUAAGAAACUGCGUAAUGACUUGAGCACAGAAUUGACGUCAAAGAGCAAUUCCCUCGUUACAUAGGCCCCUCCCCUCCCCCAUUCCCUAGUGGAGCCAGUGAGGCCUUAGAGCCUGUUUACGUGGAGGUGGGGGACCCCACCGAUCAUGUGCAUGUAAAGGCGAUCAAAUUAAAAAGAGAGAUUAUAUGAACAGACCGGUUUUCCCCACCUGAGCGGGUUUUCCGGUUACCUCUCCUACCUAGUAAUACGAUAUUGUUUAAUUUUUUGUUUUGUUGUUAUAGGUUAAUGUGGUAAUAAAUUACGAUAUGCCAGUUCAGCCCACGGGUCAACCAGAUUACCAAACAUACUUGCGCAGCAUCGGCAGGACUGGCCGGUUUGGCAAGAGCGGCAUUGCGGUCAACUUCAUUAAUGGUCAGCGGUGGUCUAUGACGAUCAUAAAGAAAAUCGAAGAACAUUUUGGCAAGAAAAUAUGGCUCUUGCAGACUGAUGACGUGGAUGAACUUGAGAAAGUGGGCAGUAAUUUUGAACCACCAACGUGAAAAAAGUGUGUUCACACAUUUUUUUCUUGUUAGGGAGAAUAUAGCUAUUUUUGUUGAUUUGUAAUAUGUUUUUCAACUUUAAGAGUAAGAGAUUCUAGCUGCCAAAAGGGCUCGUGCCAUUUUCAUUAUCCUUUGUUUCAUUUGCUUUGUGUUCGCUAGGUAAUAAUCAUAGAAAAGCCAACAGUGUUCCUCAACAAAAAAAACUAAUUGCUCGUUCUCUUUUCAAUUAUAUACAUUUUACGUAGACUCUUGAAAGAAUACUUAAUUCCUUAAUAAUGGUUUAUUUGACUUUAUUUUGUUUUUCGUGAUUUUACUACCGGACGACAUUUAUUUAUUGUAACGCCUUGCGUGUUGGUGUAUCUCGUUUUAAUUGCGAUUUAGUUAUAUUUAUUUGCGAAAAU